AUGAUCUGCAUUCCAAUCUUAAGCAGCAGCCACUUCGACGCAGCAUGGGAGCUAGAUGCCCUCCUGUGCUCGGACGACUCUGUGUUGCUGGACGGACUUGCUGUACGGCAAGGCAUGCUGCUUGUGGAACUGUGUCUUCGCACCGUGCGUGCUGACGUUCUGGAGCUGUGCCAUCUAUUGCUGCGGGUGUUUGAGAGUUUAUUCCAUCCGUUGCUGCGGGAGGUGGUCUGGGCUAUUCGCCGACCCCAGCUUCCCUGCCAACGCUGCGACUUUGGGGGAUGUUGUGGAGGAGGUCGUGUGGCUUCGUGCCACGCGGCGCCUGUGCAAGAGGGCUAUUCAGCUCGUGGCGUCAGAUCUCGACCCGUGCCAGCUUUGCGAAGGAUGUCGAUUUGCAAGACUGGUGAUUUGGGAGUGACCAUUGGACCAGGUCGUCCGACUAGCGCCCUGGAGGCAAGAUUUCAAGGUACGCAUUUAGUUGUCUAG